UCCGGAGCGGGAGCGCCACACCCCCUUCGCCGCAGCCGCGCAGCCGAUGGCAGCGUCCUCUCCCGCCGUCGCUGUGGGCUCGGAGCUGCCGCCGGAGCCGGGCGGCAGCGGGGGCCCUGGCGAGGGGGCGGACGGGGAGCGGGAGCUGCUGCUGGCGCGACUGGUGCCCGCGAGCCGCCUGAAGGAAGCGGUGGGCGCGUCCCUGGCGUCGCUGUGCCUCGGCCCCCUCGGCGGAGCGCAGCGUCUCGGGACCCUCGUGGACUGCCUGGUGCUGAACUACCGCCUGCGGCAGGGGCCGGGCCGGGGCAGGGAGCGCGAGGCCGAGGGGCCGCUGCGCUGCUGCGGCUGCGGGAGGUUCCUGGGCGAGCCGGUGACCGUCCCGUGCGGGCACACCUACUGCCGCCGCUGCCUCCGCAGGGAGCUGCGGGCCCGCUGCCGCCGCUGCCGGGACUGGCUGCUGCCGGCGGGGGGCACCAGCACGGCCGCGGCCCCGAUGCGCACCAGCGUUGUCCUCAACCGGCUGGCGGAGAAGUGGUUCCCGGGCGAGUGCGAGAGGGCGAGGGCCGGGAGCCGGCUGGAGGAGCUGCUGGCCCAGGGCCGCUUCCGAGAGGCGCUGGGCGCCGCCAGCCAGGCCCUGCGAGCAGAUUCCAGUGACUUGAUGCUUAGGAUUUACAGAGCUGAGUCAUAUGUUGGCCUCCAAGAAUAUAAAACAGCCAUAGAAGAGCUAAAUUUUGUUAUUUCUAAAAUGCCAAAUUGGCCAGAGGUCUACUUCCGGAAAGGAAAAGUGCUGCAAGACUCUGGCUUUGUAGGUGAUGCCUUACAGCUGUUUCUACAGUGCUUAGCCCUUGAUGAGGACUUUCUUCCAGCCAAGCUAGAAGUAGAAAAGACAUUGUGUGAUGUUUUGUCACCAGAGAAGCUAGGUGAGAGUCUGAAGGAAUCUGCUUGGAAUUCAGUCCAUAUUCGAAAUAAACCUUUUCUGCUUGGUUCUGAGGUGACUGCAUCUUACUGCAACUUACAGUUUUGUCCUCAGCAGAGUUCAGGAGGAUCAGAUGUACUGAAGCCUGUCAGUGGAGGCUUAAAUCGUGCACAGUCUGCCCAUGCUCUUAAUUCAACAAAAGACCUUGCCAAGGAAGAUGGCUUAAAGAGAGUGUCUUCUGAACCUCUUCUCUCUGGCCAAGGAAAAAGUGCUUUGUUAAAAAGAAAGCUUUCCUUUUCAGAACAGGAUACAGUUGUAUGUGAAGAUGGAAGAAACAAACACAAAAAGCAAGGAGAAAGUACAAAAAGGGAUGUGACACUGGCCUUUGGAACAAUUCCAGGGGAUUUGAUUGAUGUAUCAGAUUUUGAGUGCUCUCUAUGUAUGAGGCUAUUCUUUGAGCCAGUUACAACCCCUUGUGGACAUACUUUUUGCAAAGGUUGUUUGGAACGAUGUUUAGAUCAUGCUCCACAGUGUCCACUCUGUAAGGAGAGCUUGAAAGAGUACCUUGCAAGCAGAAAAUACAGUAUCACAGAACUGCUGGAGGAAUUAAUAAUGAAAUAUUUGUCUGACGAAUUAUAUGAGAGAAAAAGAAUUCAUGCUGAAGAAACUGCUGAACACUCCAACUUGACCAAGAAUGUUCCCAUGUUUGUUUGCACUAUGGCAUAUCCUACUGUGCCUUGCCCUCUACAUGUAUUUGAGCCAAGAUACCGACUCAUGAUUCGCAGGAGUAUGGAAACUGGAACUAAACAGUUUGGGAUGUGCAUAAGUGAUUCUCAAAAUGGUUUUGCAGAUUAUGGUUGCAUGCUGCAAAUAAGGAACGUUCAUUUUCUACCUGAUGGACGGUCUGUUGUUGAUACAGUUGGUGGAAAGAGAUUUAGAGUUUUACAGAGAGGGAUGAAAGAUGGUUAUUGCACUGCAGACAUUGAAUAUUUGGAAGAUGUUAAGGUUGCUGAUGAAGAAGAACUAAAGAAAUUGACAGAGCUUCACAAUUUUGUUUACAAUCAGGCCUGCAGUUGGUUCCAAAACUUAAGGAACAAAUUUCGCACUCAGAUUCUUCAGCACUUCGGGCCAAUGCCUGACAGGGAGGAAAAUAUACAGUACAUCCAGAAGCUGCUGUUUAACCUACAUUAAGGUUGUGAGCACUUCAUGACGUAACUGACCUGACUCAGUUCUGACUGAGGGCUCCUUGUGGGGACUGCCACAGCCCCUCCUAUUUCCCCUGCCAGUGUAUCAGACCCAUUUAUCAGACGUUUCAGCCGACUGCUGCCUGCUAGAUGAAGUCCCAAAGUCUGGGAAGCAACGAGUGCCUGUGAAGGACAGCCCGUUCUUUUCUGUGGAAAGCUCUGUCCUUGAAAAAGACUUGAACUUGAUGCUUGAUAUUCACAAGCAUCUGUCGAGCUUCUGGCAACUUGUUUGCUGUACUGUUUUUCUGUGAAGAUACCCUCCUACUGGUGAUGACAUCUGUCAGCAGGAGGGGAGAGAGAAAAGCUGUUACAGUUAAUUCUUUUACCAAGUUCCAUGCAAAUACAUCUUGAUUCCGUCUUAAAAGAUGCUUUGAAUUUUACCUUCCACAUGGAACAACAAGUCUUCUAAGAUCUUUACACUCAGAGUAUACUCUUCAGGAAGUAAAUCCUGCAGAAAGCUCCCCACUCUAGUUGAACUGACAUUUUGUAGUCAUCAUGAUGUCCAUACAGAAGAAAGUUAACAGAACCCGUCUGAGGCCUGCUACAAGACUCCUGAGGCAGAAACCCAAAGCUCUAGAGGCAACCUCUGUUGUGGUUAUUUAAGGAAAUAAACUGAGACAGUGUGGAGGUAAAAAGGGAAAUUAAGAUCUUCCCUUCCUACAGGUCUCUGCAUGCCUGUGGUGGUAAAAGCACUCUUCUAAGAAUUAAGGGAAAAGUUUUGUCCUUUCCCCCAGCAGAAAGGUGACCAAAUUGCUUAUAACCAGGGUGUCUGUUCUAACAUGUAGUAGAGUGCAGGUUAUGUUUUGUGUAUAUGGGGGACUUUGUGUAUCCUGAUAAGGCUUUGAUGAGUACCAGGCUGUUCUGCCUUGUUAAGACCUAAAGUGCUUCUGCAAAAGCAGGACAGUGGGUGCUUAAGUGACUUUAGGUCCCUCUUGCCCAGGGAGCCAUUGCACAGCAACACUGAGGAGCUUUGAAUGCGCACACUUAGAUCUGAAAUGGAACAGGGAUUUGGGAACUGGAACUGCAGCAUCAUUCUAGAGGUAAUUAAACUAUGCCAGAAAUUCAGGGUUUGUGUUGGAUUUUUUUAUUUUGCUUUUUAUCAACCAUCUGUGAAACUUGAAAGCUUUCUCCUCUUGUAUGUACCUUGAAACAAGUCUUGAUUGUUCAAACAACCUUUACACCUUAUUUUUGUCUGAGCCCAGAAAUUGAUCAUUCUCAUGCAUAUGCUUUUGGAAGUUUUGAACAAGAAGUGUGCUCUGAAAAUGCAUGACAUGCCAACUGCAACACAAUCCAAAUACAAUGCAACUGGCACCUCUGAUUUUGUUUUAAAACAUGGCUCAAGAUUUCCGACACUAUUUCACAAUUAAGUUGCAUGGCUAAAGAAAUCACUGGGGCUGUGAGAAAAGGUCCAAAUGGCCACUCUAGUGAGGGAACAGUCAUGAUUUUUCUUUGAGUGUGAAUUAGUUUAAAACAAAGACUGCCUUAAUGCCAUCCCCAAGAAGCCUAAAGCACAUCCUCAGCCUUCAACUCACUUUUACAGCUCCCCCCAGGCAGUGGAUAUUGAAACCAUACUUUCUGUCUUCCAGAUAGGCACUUUAACCUUUGAGCUGUGGAUGGAUGACAAACCAGUGGGAGCUGUGACUUGAUUUCCCCCUCAUUUUCCUGAAUGUUUUUUGGGGGGAUUGGAUUUUUUUGGAAACAAUGUGAUAUAAAAACUGAGCACCAGGUGCCACUCACCUGUACCUGAAGUAAUGUAGGAUGUAAACCAAGUUCUGCCCUCAGCACUUCCCUCUGCUAAGUCCAAAAAGUUCUUUGCUAAUAUCUUUAAAGAACAUAUACUGUUGAGCAGGCAACUCUGCUAAUUAGGACAUGAUCUAAUCCAGGGUCCUAGGUUCCACAGCGGAUGCUCAAAAAUUAGACUUCCAUUACAGGUAUUCCAACUCAAUUUACAAAAUACAAAUAAACUUCGGUAACUGCUCUAUGUAAUACUUUCUGUGAAGAUAAAAGCACUUUUUAAAGUAAGAAUUUGUUGGGAUUGUUUUUAAAAUCCAAAAAAAGCGCAAGGGCUACAAGAGCAAUUUCUGACUGAAGCAAUUUUCAGGUUAUUGCAUCAAUGUAAUAGUUGAAAUGCUGAAUCAUGGGGAAUUAUGUUCAUUUCACAGCAAAAACUUUGUGAAGAAGUUCCAGCUGAACUAAACCACUGAACGUUUUGGCCUUUAGGACAACUACAUUAAGUCCUUGCAGAUAUGAUAGACUUUGCAGGUUUUGUCUGCUGAUCACAGCAACACACUGUUUAUGUUGGUUGCUUAUCUUACUGCUUCUUUGCAAGGCAGCUGCUCAAGCAAGGAUUUGCUUCCGAGAGUUCAGUACAGACUGCACAAAAAAAAAAAAAAAACAAGCAACCCACCCCAUCCAAAAGCUGAAGAAUGACCAUUUCUAUGGCAACUAAAGCACUUGCAUGCUCAUGCCCAAGAUAAAUUGGCACAAUCUUACAAAUGAAGUUUGUAUAAUCAGAGUGAAAGUAAUUUGAGAAAGGUAACUAGAGACUGAACAGAAUAUUCCAGGUGUAAAAUCAUCAUCUGUUACUAAUUUUUAUUACAGGGGGGAAGACUGUACAGAAAAAGCAAAACAGCACAGCAAUGUAAGGUGGAAGAAGAGAGCAGUGGCUGGCUGCAGUUGUCUGUCUCACCGUGGUGGUAGGGUGGUCAGGUGACUAAUAAGCUUGUCAGGUUGAUUACCCAUCAGAGCCAACACCCAGUGUAGUGCUGGCUAGAGAGGAAUAGGAAAUGACACCUUCACCUCUUGUGUAACUUCACCCUCAGGCUGUGUAUUGUUUUGUUAUGUAGCUGAGCUAGCAGACUACUGCCACCAGGAGAAAGAAGUGCUGCAAUCUCCUUUAAAGUUGUUGGCUUUGGUGCUUGUCUGAUUACAAGAUAAGAUGAUCCAGUUCACUUACCCAAGCAAACUAAGAGCAUGGGAGUCUUUUCACCCAUUAAUUCUUCUAAUAGGCAAAGUUAAUACCACUGUCUUGGUAGGAGAGCUAGCUGACAGCAUGCUUUCAGCUAUGCCACGGUUAAGUAUGCAGGCAAGUACAAACUUGGGAAAUAGCUUGCUCGCUGAAAAAAAUUGCAGUCUUGAGGAUCUUCACUUCUAAGUCAGUGAUAGUAUGCCACAAAGGAAUUUCAACCUCUUCGUUCAGCACUAGCUCUCACUAUUAUUGAUACUUCACUUAAAAAUUUAUUAGAAAAGCAACUGCCCUCAAGCCUAAGAAGUGUUUUAGUUGUUUUGCUUUAGUGUAAGCUUUGACCAAUUUAAAACCCUUGCAUUUAAGGGAGCACUGCUCAGAGCUCUUCUAUACAAAUACGCCUAAGAUGCAGUCCCUUCUGUGAAGAAGGCCAGCAGCAGCAUUUAAUCCAGUUACUCACAUUAGGGGUAAGCCUGAAGUUCUACACCAUCAUAGAGCAGUACUUUAGGAACAAAGCAAUGCAGCUUCCUGUAACACUGAGACACUUUAUCAAUAGCAGAGUAUCUUCCAGAAGGCUGUCACAUAAUAGCAUUCCUGGCAGGUUUUAGUGCAUAAGCUUUUUAUCACUAGCUUGAAGUCCUAAAGCCAUAUACCAGAGCUGAUGGCUACUUCUGAGUGUACUUUUCAAGAAGUCUCCAUAAGGCAGCUUUGCAUUCAGUAGUUUAUUUAUAGUUGUGAAAGCAUAAGUGUUACAUACGUUGAGUUAAUUGCAUAUUUGUUAGAAUCGUACCUACUCAUAAGACUGGUGUGUGCAAAGACAAGUCAUGCUUAGAUUUCCCCCCAGUAGUUUGUUGCUUUAGUAUUUAUUCCCCUCUUCAGUUCAGUAAAGUUUCCAUAGAAACAGAGUGAGGAAAUAGAGAUAUAUAAUAGCUAGAGUAAUUGAAAUGUAUGAAGACAUAAUCACAUAGGCCCUGUAGAACUACUGAAAGUAGAGAUCUACCUAGUAUUUAAAAGGGCAAAGCCCAGACUAGGCAAAAGUUACAGCAAACAGGCAACAAGCCAAAUUACAGGUCACUUAAGCCAGUUGUAUUUAUAACUUCUUAUGAACAUCACAUCAUUCCAAAAGAUAGCAGUGGGGUACAUAUACACACACAUAUUUUAAAAAAAGAUACAUGUAUGUAUAUAUAUUUUUUAAAUAAGGCAUGUAUUUAUUUCAGGCUCUUAAAAUAUUUUUCCACCCCCUUUUCCCAUUAAUACAGCAGAUGUUGCCAUUUUAUUGCUAAAGAAAGCAUACCAUCAUUGCAAGCAGAACAGCACUGGCUUUAGUCAGCAGUCCAGUUGAAUUAAUAAGGUUCAAGACAUAUAUUAAUAGUACGGAAGAAUAUCACUGUUACAGAAAUACAGAAGACUAGCUGAAUUCUAUUUAAGAGCGCACCAAAUCAUUCUUUUGACAUUGUAGUAUAAACUACAAAGCAGAACAGCACCAUUUUGGAGCAACAGAAAGAGAUAUCUAAAGUACUACUUCCCCAUCUACUUAGUUGUUAUAUUAAAAAAAUACACAAGGGAAGGAUGAGGACACAGACUUCAUCUUCUGCUCUAACAAUGCUUUCUUCUGCAAGAAAUGAUGCAGGACUUUUGAGCUCAUUCAAAUAUAAAUCCUAAUAUGAAUGAAUAUGCACGCCGUUUUCUUUGUGUAACUAAUAAUAGUCACUUGUUAGUAUGAUUUACAAGGAGCACUCUCUAAGUUUUUUGUCAGCCUGCUUCAAGGAGAUCCAGGUGUUUAACAUGCUUGAUCGCAGUUUGGCCCACACCAAAUGGUUGUUUAACCCAAAUAUCUGGGCAGCAAACUGAGCAGCUCCUUCAGGUGACAGAGUAGUAGGACAGCUAAGACCUGCAGAGAAGAGAAUGCCACUUAUUAAAGCAUAGUUUAUAGUCAAAACAUUGCCUCUGAAGAACAACUUAAGAUUUGUUUCAGCCUCCAGGUGCAAUGAUCCAGUUUUAAAGCUAGUAAAGCACCACAUGUUCCACUACUUCUAACAUGACUGCUUCAUGGCAUUUUAAACCAAAAGCCAUCAAACCAAAUGACUCCCCUUAUACAGAGGUAACGGACUUCUGGGUCCCCUGUUUGCCAAGCAUCCAUUCAAGUCACUAACAAAGUUAAAAAUCAUAGAGGUAGCAAUGCACUGACGUAAUAGUUAAGUGUUGAGGUCUCACCUAUCCUACGUAUUAUUUGAUCUUUGGUAAUAAGGAAAACGCAAGAAAAUUCAAAUAUUUAAAUUCCUAUUAGUACUAUUUCCAAUUUCAUACUGGAAUAUUUAGCAAGGAUAAGUCAAGGUUUAUAUUUUUCUAAAGACUAUUCCUAUGUAAUCCUUGCUCUGUCUAUUGGGCUUUUUGUCAUGAAGAAGUCCAAAGACUACAAACAACAUAUUUCUAAAGACUUUGCUCAGUACUGGUCCAGCUACUUUUCCACGUGUGUGUGUGUGUAUACCAGAACAACAAAAACAGAGCUAGAUCAGAACAGGAGCGUAAGCUGAAGAUCAUCUUACCACUGGGUAGUCUGAGAGAGGACCACACAUCCUGAGUGCCCCAGUCAGCUGAGAGUGGAGGGCAGUUGACAACUGGGUAAGCAGUAUUACCAGACAUGACUGGCCCCAAGCCAUUGCUUCUGCCAGCGACUGCAACAAACACUGUUGGGAUUCCAUCUCCUGGUGGGCAGGAAGACAAUCAGUGAUAAGCAAUCCACCUUGUUGUCUACCACCUGCUUUCACGGGAACUUUAUCCAAGUCCACAGUUCUGUUUGCAGUUGUUUUGUCAAUUCCAUUACAUGGCACUAGAAUUUUGUGUUCACCUUCCCCCUUUACAGAAAUCUUUCAGCCUUAAAUCCCACCUACUGUUUAUCACAACUGAAGUUAGUAUUUCUUACUCUGCCUCUGAGGGGAAAUCUCAGUAUCAGAGAAAGAGGUGCUGCUUAGCUUUGUAGAGAAUAUAGCCAUUAAACCUCUGGCAUCGUUCAGGUGUUCCUCUCCUUAAAUCUUGAACAGUUCACCUCGAAGUGUUUCUCAACUAUGGGAAGUGUUUCUCAACUACAAACUCACAUUUGUAGUUUCACUAAGUAGAAAGUAUACUCGGACAAAAAUAAAUAGUUCAUAUCUGCUAAGCUAUAAACAGUUUUGAAGAGAUGUCAAGUUUUCUUGGCAAAGACAAUAAUUUAAGUCAAGCAUCUUUUUCUCAGGACAUCUGAAGUAAUAAGCAAGAAUAUUUUCACGAAACAGGCAGGAAAGCAUAAUGGGAGCAACAUCUGCUUUGUAAAUAACAUAAUAAUAUUCAGAGUCAACUAGAGAAACUAUCAUUCCUCCUUGUUUCAGAAGGGCUGGAAUCAUCAACAAGAUGCUACAAUAAAUGUGUUAACGUGAUCAAGGCUUGGGCAAAGCAGUUCUGGUACUGAGAAAAGCAGAGGAUGGAAGCUGUGGCUGGGCAGUAGGACAACACAUUACUCUGAAACUGCUUAGAACAGUCUGUCAUUAUGCAAUUAGCAAGUGUGAAUCAGCGUUGUAACAGCUUGGUGUUCUGUUUAACAGAAAAUGGAAAAACCCCACAUAAAUCCUCAGGUUGCCAAGUCAUUCUGGAACAUGAUGCUGUUUCAAUUCAAAUCAGUAUUUCUUUGGCAUUUACCUUCAUAUUCUGCUUUGAUCCUCAAGGUUUCAUCCGGCCCUUUAUGAGCAGAGGUCACUCUUAAUUCACAAGGAAUUCCAAAGGUUGCACAUGCCUUUUUUAUUUUUUCACAGUGACUGAGGUCAGAAGGAGAUCCCAUCAACACCACAACUCUGCCCUGGCUCUUUGUUUUCAGAAGCAGCUAGGGAGAAGAGUGGAGAGGGAGAGAAAGAAAAGAAGUCAGCAGAAUUGAAGACGUGGAAUUAUCAAAGUCUAAAUGUGUUGUUCAUAAAAACAGGUACCUCCACUCUCUCUGAAACCCAUUCGAAGUUUCUCUUAACCAUUUGCAGUGCUUCAGGAGUCACUUCUUUCAGGUCCCGAUAGGACUGAAAAGAGGAAAAUAAAAAUACUGAAGUGUUGUGGUUUAA